AUGAGUAAUCCAUAUCAAAAUCAAACAUAUCAAAACCAAAAUUCAUAUGAAAUGAAUAAUAUUGGAAAUAAUGGUAAUUAUAAUCAAUAUAAUAAUAGUAGUACUAGUAAUUAUGCCACCAAUUCAAAACAAUAUGAUCAAGAUGAUUUUGUUUCAUUUAUGAAUGAAAUUCAAGAAAUUAAUUCUCAAUUAGAUAAUUAUUCAAAUAUUAUAAAUUUAAUUGAUAAUAAACAAAAGUCAUUUUUAUAUAAUAUAGAUUUAAAUGAUGAAGAUACUGAAUAUAAUUUUCAACAAAUUGAUACAUUAGUUGGAGAAGCUCAAUCAUUACAAUUAGAUUUAAAAGCAAGAAUUAAAAAUGUUCAAAUACAAGCUAUACAUUCAAAAGAUCAAACAAAAAUUGAUCAAUCAGAAACUUGUAGAAAAAGAUUUUUAGAUUUAAUUCAAGAUUAUAGAUUAAUUGAAGCAAAAAAUAAAGAAAAUUCAAAAGAUCAAGCUGCAAGACAAUAUCAAAUUAUAAAACCAGAUGCAACACAAGAAGAAAUUAGAAUGGUUAUUGAAGAUGGUGGAGAUUCUCAACAAUUUUUUCAACAAGCUUUAAUGCAAAGUAAUCGUAGAGGUGAAGCAAGAUCAGUAUUAAAUGAAGUUCAAAUAAGACAUAGAGAAUUAUUGAAAUUAGAAAAAACAAUGGCUGAAUUAACUCAAUUAUUUCAUGAUAUGGAAGAAUUAGUUAUUGAACAAGAUCAACCAAUACAACAAAUUGAAGAACAAGUUGGUACUGCACAACAUGAUAUUGAACAAGGGGUUGGACAUACAAAUAAAGCUGUUAAAUCUGCAAGAUCUGCAAGAAAAAAAAAAAUUUGGUGUAUGGUUAUUGUUAUUAUUAUUAUUAUUAUAUUAGCUGUUAUUUUAGGUUCUUAUUUUGGUACUAAAAAAUAA